AUGUCGACAGCGACCCCAGGCGGCGGGGCAGAUGCGACUCUCGUCGCAUCACUGGCCGACGAUGCCACCGCCGUAAUUGCUUCGAGGGAUUCAGCGGAGUUUCUGCCCAGACUGCCGCCAUCUACGCAUACCCCGUCUUGGAAUGAGCUCAAGUCUGAUGAGGAUGUGGCCGAAGGAGAGGUCCCUCCAAAGAUUCUGGUCGAUGCUCAAGGACGCACACUGAACCCGCGAUCUUGUGUCACUUGCCGUAAGAGGAAGGUCAAGUGUGAUAAACUACAUCCGUGCAGCAACUGCAGUCGAGCUCAUAUUGAGUGUGUAUUCCCGGCGCCAGGCCGGGCGCCGAGAAAGUCGAAGAAGGCAGGCGAGGGAAGAGACAAAGAAUUGCUAGCGCGUCUGAGGAGGCUCGAGGGUGUUGUGAAGGGGCUGGGCGUGGAAGUCGACAACGAUGCUUCGCGGAAAGAGAGUGAGAAAGGAAAUGAAGGGGACAACACAGGGACAUCAAAGAUCCCAAAUGGGCAGAAUCUACCUGUGGAGACACGCAGCCCCUCCCUGGACGAUUGUCAAAUCAAUGCAGCUGCAGCUGCACAUUCGAACCCUGGAGUAGACGAUGAUUUUGCAGCCAAGACCCAGUGGGUGGAAUCACAACAGCACGGGAGAUUUGAGCAUCGCUUCGGGAGGCUGGUCGUCAACGAGGGCAAGUCUCGCUACAUUAACAAUUCUUUCUGGGCAAACUUAUCCAACGAGGUGGAAGAUMUCAAAGGAAUCCUCAAUCAAUCGAGUGAUGAAGAUGAUGAUGCAUCUCCAGGGUCUCAAUCACAAAAACCGAGCGCACACCAUGGGUUCAUCUUCGGUUUCAGCUCUCAGAGCGUUGACAUCCUGAGCCUGCAUCCUCUACCCAGCCAAAUUGGGGAGUACUGGAACGUGUACAAAGACAGAGUUGAUCCAUUACUCAAAGUUCUGCAUCUUCCAACCCUCGAGUGUACCGUCCUCAGUGCGGCAUCACAUCUACCGAAUCUGUCCAGAGGCUUUGAAUGUCUUCUUUUCGCCAUUUACUACGGAGCUGCGACUUCGCUGAAUAGUCGUGAAUGUAUGGUCAAGCUCGGAGAAGAGAAGAGCGUCCUCCUUGCCCGAUACCGCUUUGCAGUGGAACAGGCCCUCGCUCGUGCAAACUUCCUAACCACGGAAGAGCUCGUCGUGCUCCAAGCCUUUGUCAUAUUCCUGACCUGUCUCCGACGGAAUAACGAUGCUCGCGUCAUAUGGACAUUAACUGGACUGGUUGUCAGAAUAGCGCAGACGAUUGGCAUCCAUCGAGAUGGUUCACACUUUGACCUAGCUCCGUUUGAGAUUGAGAUGCGCCGCAGACUGUGGUGGCAGGUAUGUACUUUGGAUACUCGAGCGAGCGAAGAUCACGGCUGUGACCCUACCAUCAUCGAACAGUCUUUCGACACGAAGUUGCCCCUGAACGCCAAUGACGCCGAUUGGACUCCAGGAAUGAAAAGCUUUCCGCCGGAGCGAAUCGGUGGUACAGACAUGUCCUUUUGUCUGCUCAGAUAUGAUGUAGCCAACACUUUCCGAAGGUUGAAUUACAUUCCUCCAGGGCCGCCAAAGCAAUGCAGCCAAUAUCUUCAAUCCAUCACACUGCAGGACAAGGAGAGGUGGAUCACAGGAUGCCAUCAGCGUCUCGAAGACAACUUCUUGAAGCAUUGCGAUAUGAGUGUUCCGUUGUUCUGGGUCACGGCGACUGUAGCCCGGCUUAUGAUGAGCAAAAUGUGGCUCAUAGUCUAUCAUCCAUUCCAGAGGCAAGACGGCGGUGCUACACUGUCAGAAGAAGUCAAGCACAAGCUCUUCAUCACAAGUCUGGAAAACAUGGAGUACAGCAACCUGCUGGAGACAGAAGAAAGGACGAAGCACUGGGGCUGGUUGUUCAAGACAUACAUUCAAUGGCACGCACUUGCCUUUACGCUCUCCGAGCUAUGCCACCGGACAACAGGUGACUUGGCAAAUCGUGCCUGGGUAGCCGUUGAACAAACCUGCAAUGGCCGAUUGACGGGUAAUGCCCCAGAAGACUCCAAUACAGGUCACCUAUGGCGACCGUUGAAGAAAUUGUACCGCAAGGCAAAGGCCGCACGGAAUCGUGCUCUCCGGCCAGAGGCACAGAUGGACGACAGCACGCCUUUCAGCUCAUCCAGGUCCACGUACCACCCAAAUGAAAAUCCCAUGUUCGACCACUCAAGCAGACCUGCGAUGACACGCGCACCUCUCAGCUCCGCGCAAACGGAUCGCUUCUCGAAUGGCCCGACAUUUGGUCAGACGCCCGGCGACGCACACAAGCUUUUGCGAUCGCCCCGGCCUUCUCAAGCUGGGAUAGACGAUCUUACCGCUGCGAAUGACUUUAGCGCAGACAAUCUGCAGUCAUCCCUUCCACAGGACUUUGUGUCCACCAGCAUGGAGUUUUCAAUGACACCAACCGGAACGACCCUAAUUUCUCCUCACGUACCACAACAGAGCGCGCCAUUCAACCCGAGCUACAUAAGCGGAGCAGGUGACGUUGAUUUCUCCGACAUUCAGAUGGACCUUACAAACACCUCGGCAGCCGAUCAGAUGCUUCAAACCAGUCCCUUUGAUAUUAAUGAUAAUGACUUUUCCAACAUGGACACUUCAGGCGACGUCGACUGGGAGAACUGGGACCAGCUCGUUCGCCAAUUUGGGGAAGACGCGGAUGGUGCUGCACGGAAUCCUGCGAGCGUUGCGACGACGACAGGUCAGUACUGGGCAGGUCCGCAGUGGGGCACUUCAGCAGACUCGAGCUCGAGACCGGGAAUGGGCAUGGACGGAGACUGGUUUUGA